AUGCGACUCCGUGUCCGUGGCCCCUCAGGUCAGUCGACCGUCACUUUGGAUGAUGCGGCCACCAUCGAAGAUCUCCGCGCUCAGAUCGCGGAGAAGACGGGCCUCAGUGCUUUCAGCGUGAAAUACGGGUACCCCGAUCUGAGGCCGCUAGACCUGGAGAAUGGCCAGCCGGAUCAGAAGCUUGCAGAUCUUGGAGUCAACCUCAACGGCGAGUCACUGAUCGUGGCACAGAAAGAGGGAGCUGCGCCCGCAGUGAGUGAUGGCACCCCGAAGGAGCCCGCUCCCCCAACCACCCGGCAGCCAUCCAAGCAACCGCUCCAGUCACAGCACGAGAAGUCCGCCGAUGAUCCGCCCGAGAUUGCCUCUCCCGAGCAUGGAGGCACAUUUGUGCUCCGCGUCAUGCCCGACGACAACUCGUGUCUGUUCCGCGCGGUGGGCGCCGCAGUCAUGGGCGACAUGGACACAAUGGUCGAGCUGCGUUCGAUCGUGGCAGGGGCCAUCCAAACAAACCCAACAGAAUAUACCGCAGCGAUUCUGGGCAAACGGCCGGACGAAUAUUGUCGCUGGAUCCAGAAUGAGGAUUCAUGGGGCGGGGCAAUUGAACUCAAGGCCUUGAGCGAAUAUUUCAACAUCGAGAUCUGUUCAAUCGACGUGCAAACACUUCACAUGUUUCAGUUCAACGAGGGCGCCCCGACUCGGUGUAUUGUGGUUUACUCUGGCAUUCACUACGACGUCCUUGCACUCACUCCAUCUGCUCCGCCGUAUAGUCGUGCCAAUCAUUUCACGACUGAUGACACCAAGGUCUUUGAUGCGGCCGACCCGGUCGUUCUGGGGAAGGCCAAGGAGAUGUGUCGGAUUCUCCAAAGCAAGCACUACUACACAGACACCGCUGGCUUCCUUCUCCGGUGCAACACCUGUGGCGGCACCUUCACUGGAGAGAAGGGGGCUAGCCAACAUGCUACGGAGACCGGCCAUUAUGAUUUUGGGGAAUCUGGUUAG